ACAAUGUGGAAAUACAAAGCACAAAAAGACACAAACCGGAGAAACCUCACACAUCAAUGGGCUGUGCUUCGUCAAAACUGUUCAGGAAAGAUCUCCAACAAGAAAUUCUGGACAAGAAUGGCGAGUGCCUCAACCAUGUGGUGUCUCUCACUUCUAGCACAUAUGGGGCUCUCAAACUGGACAACGACCUACGCAACAAAGAAUCUGUUGCAGAACCGAAGAGGUCCCCUCCGCGGGAAGAAGCUGAGGUCAUUAAUGCUUGGGAGCUCAUGGAAGGUCUCGAAGACGGAAUACCCAUUGCGGUUCCUGUCAAGAAAAGCCCCAAAUCACUUGGUUUUCUUCGGGGAUUUGGGGAUAUCGAUGCGAGAAGCCCUUUGAAGUUCUUGAAUCAGAUUGCCUCUCCGAAGAGGAUUAAGAGGUCUGGAGGGAAAGAGAAUAAGCAACGAGCAAAUGGGUUUGGAGGCGGCGGGGGAAGAUCAGAUUGUAGCCCAAAACUGGUUUUGAGAGACUCUACUCCUUCGGAGAAUAUCAAAAGGGUUGUGCCGACUUUGAGAGUUCCUGUCAAGAGGACUCCGGUGGGCGAUGGGAAAGCUGAUAAUUUUGAAAGCGGAAGGGGGUCUUCAUUGCGCAGGAUGAGUUUGAGUCCCUUGUUCGAUCCAGAGCUUCUUGCAUCAUUUGAGAAAGAAUUGUCUGAAGAGAAGGAACAGAUCAAGAAGAUAGUUUCUCCAAUACCCAAAGUUCAGAAACUGAGGAAUUCUAGAGAUUGUGAAUCUAUUCUGGAUCUUUUUGAGAAAAAAUGUCCACCAGGCGGGGCAAAUGCAGUUGUCAUUUACACAACCACGUUGCGGGGAAUCAGGAAAACCUUUGAGGAUUGCAACCAUGUUCGUUCCAUUUUGGAAUCACACCAUAUUCACAUGUUUGAACGUGAUAUAUCAAUGGAUUCGGGGUUAAAGGAAGAAUUGAGAGGGUUAAUGGGGACAAAGGAAGUAAAAGUUCCACUUGUGUUUGUGAAGGGGAGGUUGAUUGGGGGAGCUGAUGAAGUGGUCAAAUUGGAGGAGGAAGGGAAAUUGGAUAUUCUGUUUGAUGGGAUUCCAAGGGCACUUGCUGGGUGCCAAGGGUGUGCUGGAGUUAGGUUUGUUAUGUGCAUGGCCUGCAAUGGAAGUUGUAAGCUUUUGGAUGAGGAUCAGAAGAAGAUGGUGAAAUGUAGUGAGUGCAAUGAGAAUGGGUUGAUUCAGUGCCCUAUUUGUUGCUAACUUUAAAUUAACUUUUGUCGUUGAUUUGGAUUUCAGAUUUAGCUAUCUUUGUUUUCUCUCUAGUGGAGAUAGACGUAUGAGUCUCUCAAGGUACUCUUUCUAUGGGAAGUGGGGUUCUACAUGUUAAUUUUAUUUGUAUCCUUGUGUGUCUGGAUAUUUGUUGUUCUAUUCGUUAUUAAAUUUCCUUUUUAACCCACUCAUUACGAAAUUGUAACCUCCCUUUCUAUUCAUCUUGACCUCGAAAUUUAUAGCUGAUGCA